CUCGUGUACCUUAUCUGUUAUCACAAGUGGUAAAAACUACGAGACAGAGCUACAUUUUUUAUCAGUCAGAUGCUUUAAUUGCACUUUUUUUGUAAUAGUCUCUUAUUAUAAAUAAAUUAAUUAGGAUUUAAUACACACGCGCCUUUCUUUAUAUUCUUUGUCCAAGUUAUACAGCCACUAGAGGUGAAGUGUUUUGAGGCUAGGUAAAAUUAAAAUUAAAACUUAGAUUCGAAGGUGAAGUUUUACUUUUAGCGAAAAGUUGACUGUUGAGGCAAUUGUGAUUUCAUAACAAAAUGUGGAAAGAUUGGCUUCCUGUAUUACCAUGGAUUGGGACUGUGACUGCUGUAGUGCUUGCUUUGUUUGUGACUAGAUUACCUGCAAAGAAACAUGUAAACAAGAAAAUACAGAAAGACUGCCCAAAAGUGGUACAUUCUAUGGAUAUUGAAGACCUUGGAACUAAAACAGCAUUCUGUCGCUGCUGGAAGUCAAGCAAGUUUCCUUACUGUGAUGGUAGCCACAAUGAACAUAAUAAUGAAACUGGAGAUAAUGUUGGACCUCUGAUUGUGAAGAGAAAAGAUGCCUAAAGCAGCUAGAAAGAAAAUGUUUCCGGUGUUAUUGAUUGAUAGUUUUAGCUUAUAAAAAUGCAUAAAGCUAUUGAAUAAAUCCAAUUUAGUAGUAUAGUAAUGGAAAAAGUUACUGGUAUGUGUAUGGAGCAAUAAAGUGGAGAUUAACCAAGCUAUU